CUUAUGUGUCAGUUUUUACAUGUUUAAUCUUUUUUUUUGGUGUGAUCUUUUGACAUCGAUGCUACAUGUCUUUCUUUUGUACGACGAAUGUUCUGACAAGCCGGAAAAAUAAACAGGAACUACACUUUAAUUCUCAACUUAGAAAGCAACCAUUAUUGAAAAUACGAUUUUUUUCAAAUUUAAAAAAAUAAAUAAACGCGUAGGUGUUGUACCUAAGUCAAUUAUUUCCUGAGUAUUAAUAGUCGAAUUUAUAUUUUUCACGCUCGUGCUACGUUUUUCCCACUGUCCCGGAAGGCAUCACAAGGUCAUGCAUGCACCCGGGCGUCUAGCCUGCGCUUUGUCCUCCCCAUCCCUACCACUGUGCUUCCAGUAGGUGGAGGCUCUUCCUCCCUCUAGCCUCCAUUUCUCCCCACUGCCUCCAUCUGCCACAAAACUUCCCUAUGUUAACCCUCUUGAGCAUGUUUUACUAUAUUUGUCUGCGGCGACGCUCCAGGAGUGGGACUCGUGGCGAAGCACUGACCAGUCGUCGGGCUGUGGAGUCUGGCCAGCGGGCAGUGCUGCCGGUCAGCGUGGAGGUGGAGCAGUAUGCCAAAGAGGUUCUGGACUUCAGCUCCCACUAUGGCAGUGAGAAUAGCAUGUCCUACACCAUGUGGAACCUGGCUGGAGUUCCCAACGUGUACCCCAGCUCCGGGGACUUUACUCAGACAGCUGUUUUCAGAGCUUACGGGACUUGGUGGGAACAAUGUGCCAGUGCUCCACCACCUUUCCGCCGCACCCCUAAAGGCUUCCACAGCCAGGAUUAUAUUGAGCUGGCCUUUGAGGAGCCUGUGUAUCCCACAGCAGUGGAGGUGCUUGAGACUUAUUAUCCUGGAGCUAUUGUCCAGAUUCUGGCCUGCUCUCACAACCCGUUCUCCCAGAGUCCACCCACUGAUGUCAGGUGGGAGGUGUUGUGGUCUGGGGAGCCCACCAAGGUGCUGACACCCCAAGCACGCCAGUUUUCCCCCAACAUCAAGCACAUCAGCUUCCCAACCAACCUGCUGCGUCUGGAGGUCAACAGCUCUCUGCUGGACUACUACACCGAGCUGGAUGCCGUCAUCCUGCGUGGGGUGAAAGAGAGGCCGAUGCUGGCGCUCUAUAAGAUGCCUGUUAUUGACAUUAAUGACCUGAGUGACAGCGAGGAGGAGCUUUCUGAUGUGGGAGGUCCGUUUAGGCAAGGGAGUGACGGCAAGCACCAGAGGACAGGAAACGGUUACUUUGACAAACUGCCCUAUGAGCUCAUCCAGCUGAUCCUGAGUCACCUGACCCUGCCAGACCUGUGCCGUCUGGCCCAGAGCUGUAAGCUGCUGCACCAGCACUGCUGCGACCCGCUGCAGUACACCCAGCUGAGUCUGCAGCCGUACUGGGCCCGGCUGAGUGACGCCUCCCUCGGACACCUGCAGAGCCGCUGCACCCUCCUCCAGAGGCUCAACCUGUCCUGGACGGGCAACCGCGGAGCGCUCACCCUGACCGGCUUCAGCAGCUUCCUGAAGGCCUGCGGUCCGAGUCUGGUGUGUCUGGAGCUGUCGUGCUGCCACUUCCUGACUGAAGCCUGUCUGGAGGUCGUUUCCCAGACCUGCCCGGGCCUGCAGGAGCUCAACCUGUCCUCCUGCGACCGACUCAACCCACAGGCCUUCACACACAUCUCCAAACUCGCCCGGCUCCGGAGGCUGGUUCUCUACCGCACCAAGAUAGAGCAAACUGCUAUCCUGAGCAUUCUGACCUUCUGUAUAGAGUUAAGGCAUCUCAACUUGGGCAGCUGUGUGAGGAUUGAGGACUAUGACGUUGUUGCCAGUAUGCUGGCCGCUCGCUGCCGCUCACUCUGCUCUCUGGACCUUUGGCGCUGCAGAAACCUGACAGACAGAGGACUGGCUGAACUUGUUUCUGGCUGCAAGAUGCUGGAGGAGUUGGACCUGGGCUGGUGUCCCACAUUGCAAAGCAGCACCGGAUGUUUCCAACACCUCGCUCGCAACCUGCCGCGCCUGCGCAAGCUCUUCCUCACUGCCAAUCGCACCGUGCGUGACUCAGACAUCGAGGAGCUGGCGUCCAGCUGCCCCUCGCUUCAGCACCUCGACAUACUGGGUACACGUCUGGUGAGCGGUGCCUCCCUGAAGAAGCUCCUCCAGUCUUGUCCGAAGCUGGUCCUCCUAGACGUGUCCUUCUGCUCCCAGAUCGACAUGAGGGUGGUCCAGGAGCUCUCAGGCCUCUUCCCCAAUGUGGCCCUUAAGAAGAGUUUCACACAGUGAUCCCAGGAUUCCCCCCUGUCCGGACGAGGCCAGUGGAGGACGGUGCUCCCCAGCAGACACUGCCCUGAAGCCAGACGGAGGCAGGAUGGACGCAGGACGGACGCUGGUCAACACCUGAGAUGAAUCUGCACCUGCAUCAGAGACCAGAUCUUGUUUUUCCAGUUCCAUGGAUAACUCGCUGGAUCCCACUCACAGGAUUUAAAAAGUUUUUUUUUUUGUUUUUUUUUUUAUGUUGUGUUUUCUUUGGACACUUGAAAUCAGGGUCAUGCAGUAAAUCUGCUACUUCUUCCCAGAAUAUGAAUCACCACUUAUGUAAUGACAAGCAACACAAGGUUUCGAAAAUAUGCCUCGAUGCUGAAUGCAAGACACAAAAAACAACGUUUUUUGAGCAGUCCUCUUUUCAACGUCUUGUUAGGACCACGAAAAGAAAACAGAAAUGCGUGAAAGCACACCCUAAUUGGAGGAGCUACAGUAAGUCUCGCUGUUCUCAUAAUCUCGCUGGUUACAGAAACAAAGAUCAGAGCCUCGGAUGGUGCCUUGUCAGAAUCUGCAACAAUCAUUAACCUUAAUUCAUGAGGGUCAGCUCUGAGUUACUAUUCCAUUCUGGAGGCAUGUGUCAACACCAAGCUGGUUGAAUACAAUUACAAGAAAUCACACACUGGUGCUGUUGUGUUCCAGCGUACCAGGAGCUUUAAAGGUGAAAACAAAGGUGUGAAAGCAGCUUUAUUUCACACGCUGCUCUGGGGAUAGCAUUAAUCCAAACCCAAAUGGGCAAGCAUCACCACUUAAUUUAUGUCUCUUUUAUGUGUCUUUAAAACGAGCGCACAAUUCCAUACACGGAUCUCAUGUCGAAGUGAAAAACACUAUCAGGUGUCCUCGUGACUGACAAGGUGUUUUCAACAAAAACACCCUACAUGUGAGAGCCUGUGAAGAAGAAGAAUGGAAAAGAAUUGUUUAAAAUUUACAUAACCUAUAAAUGCAGAAGCAGACACAACAUCCAAGGCGUCAAAUCAACAACAGACAAAGUGUCUCAGUGAAAGAAAAGCGUCAAACAGCGCCGGAGUGGACAGACCAGACCAGAGACGUGCAUUAAAAAGCCAUUUUUAACUUGACAAGUGGGUUAUCGGUACGUUUGUUUAAUUUUUGGUAAAUUUUAGUAAAUGAAGGAUCCGAAAGUAGUAAACCUAAUCACCCAGGUCCUGCUGUUUUGUUGUAAACCAAAAGAAAAAAUACACUUAGAAUGGCAAAAAAAAAAGUGAUUUUUCUGUCAGUUAAAGAAGAAUCGUUAAAAAAGAGUAAAUGUUGAUGUUUCCAGACACUUACUUUUGUGCCUAUUUAUUAUUUGAUCAUGUUUUAUUUGAUUAUUUUUGGUGUGAUAAUAUAUAAUGAACUGGUGCCUUUUUUCAACUGAACCUAUACAAGGCACAUUAAACUAGAGUCUUUUCUGUUACAAGAGUUCAUUUAUUGUGUUAGGAAUCUGUUUUUCUUUUAAAGGAAUAAUCAAUGGAGUGGAUUGUUCUGUCGGUAACGCUUUGACUCUGACUCCAUUCUGUUAUGAACUGUAACGAUAUCCUGAUUCAAAGGUAAACGAAGCUGAAGAUUGUUUGCUGACACACGCUACAAACGCUGUAUGUGACCUUGGUUUUUGUUGUAAACUCAGGGCAGCGAUAAUUUCAUCUUGUUUUAAUUUUUCUGUUUUUAUUUUAAUCCUGAAACCAGCACAGAACACCGGACUGGGUCAAGUUUUGAGUUUACCUGCUGUUGGUGUCACAUUUACACAGAAAACACAGAAGACGCUGAUGAACUGAAAAAAAAAAAACCCUCACAAUCUUUGGGUGUUGAAUGUUGUAAUUCUGUGAUUGUGAAGACGUGGUUUUUUUCUAAUUAUUUAGUUUUUGUAACGUACAAAGCCACAGAUGGAGUGUGGUAAAGAGCAUUUCCUUUUUGCAAAAACUUGAACUUUUCUUUUUAGCACAUGCUAGUAGUCGAUAUUGAAGAGAUAUUUGUGCCUUAUACUCCUGUCUGAAUGUGGUGUGGUGUCCAUGUGGUAUAAACCAUAGUGAAGAGCUUCGUUUCUAUGACCUUCAACCAAAGUAUAAUGAAACCUGUUCUUUUUUUUUUUUUUUUUUUUUAAUUUUAACAACUGUUUACUGGUUUGUUUGCCAUUUAGCGACUGUAAAUCAGCCAUGUGACUAUAUGCAAAAUGAUGCUUAUUUAUAGAUCUGUGUGAUGAAAUUGUUAAGUUAUUUAAAUUAUCAAUAAUAACAAUAAUGUACAAUCUCUCAGAUUUUGGUUUUCUGACCCAGAAUCAGAGAAGUGCUGUUGCUGUUACAUCAGUCGGUUAGCUUUAGCCAUCGUUAGCACACAGAUAAUUGUACAUCAGAUGUGUAUUCGACUUCAGGAACAAAAAAAAACUUGUACAACAGUCAGUUUUAUUAGAAUUUUUUCCAGAAAAUCAGUUUGUUGUCCAAAUGGAAGAAGUACUGAACUGAAAAUAUGCCCCUAGAAUGGCUGCAGAGUCUUUAUAAAUAAUAUCCUCAAACUUCCAGAGCUGCUGAAAAUGUCUCUGCAGGUCUGGAAGGAGGAGGUGAAACGUGUCAAGGUGAUGCUUAUCAUGUGAGAAGAGAGAUUUGGUCCACUGAGACAAAACUAAAUGGUAACUUAACUUUUAGAAUGACAAACAUCAUAUAUGUAAAUAAUAUUAAAAAAAAAAAAAAAUUCAAUUAGGAUGCCAGUGACUGCCAUAAAUACACAAUAUAGAAAAAAAUAUUGUGAUGUCGCAUUUACAAUUUUUAUGACUUUCUAUUCCUGCAGUGAAAUAUUAUCAGGAUAUAAAUAUUCAUGCCAGUUAUCAAGAAAUGAAAGUUAGAUUUUUAUUCCAGAUUGAGAAUUGAAGAAACCACAAAUUAACUUAUAGUGUAAAUGUAAAUGAUUAUUUAUGAUCAGCACCUGAUAAAUGUUUCAGAAAUCUACAGACAGGCCUUUCGCAACAAUUGCAAUUUAAAAAAAAAAAAGAAAAAAAUAUCAGCUCUGAAUCAUUUUGUGAGUGUAGAUGACACUCUAAACAAAAUUAACUGUAAAGAUAAAGAACAGCACUUGUUGCAAUGGUAUUUAUCUCAGUAUGAAAGUGUAUUGUAAUAUUUGUCAUUACAGGUUUAGAACUGGCCCGUUACCAAUGAAUCGCCUCAAUCUGUCCCAAUACUUUUGUCCAUAUAGUGGAUUUUUUUUCCACAGAAGGAGCAAGAUUUCACAUUUCUAUUAAUCACAUAAAUGCUGAAAAGUUAAGAUUUUAAGUGAUUUUUAUACAAGAUACAGUUUUACCACUUUACAGCUGGUAUUUUGUGCUGUUGACAAAAAGUCUCAUAUUCGUGUUACUAAAUAUGUGUCUAAAAUCACUCCUUUAUUUAAAACAAAAACCAAUCAACAAACAAAAAAAAACGCUGUCCACUGCAAAGGACAUUCCAUAAAUUUAAAAACAAAAAUCUAUC